GCCGUCCCUCAAAAGGCGCCUGGGUUCACCCCAGCAUCGCAACUUCCCCGCACGCCUAGCAGCAAGAGGUGCGGGAGCGAAGGGGGUCGCGGGCAGACUCCGGUUCGGGGGCGGUCUGGCGGCAGCCCUCCAACCGCUGAGGGGGCGGCCCUUGCGGCUGAGCAGCCGCCUCGUAAGGAGGUUUCACUAGGGCUCAGUACGCGAAGGCAGCUGCAGGCAAGGGCUGGAGGAGUCCUCUCGUCUGGAAAGCCGGAGCGCCGCUGCUGCCAGCCAGUGUAGGCAGCAGUAGGCAGGGUCAUCUGGCUGCAGCGCCCCCAGCAGACUGCCCGCUCAGAAGGCUCCGGAGAAAGGGAGCCCAGCGGGAGCUGCGACCCCUGGGCCCCUCGGGCCCCCCUCCGGCGCAGAGGAGGCUCCACCCCCCGGCUCCGCCCCCGCCCCCGCCUCCGGAGCCCGGACGCCCCGAGCGGCCGUCGAGGGAGGCGGAGACAGCCGCGCUCAGCCCCGGCCGGCCGCUCAGCCAGGCACCCAGCCACGGAGGAGCAGGAGGGCCGCAGCCGGGAUGGGCAGGCCGCAGUAGCGCCCCCAGGGGCCGGCGCCAUGGGCUCAGAGCCGCAAGCCGGAGGAGGAGGAGGCCGAGGUGGCGGCGGGAGCGGCUGCGGCUCCUGCGGCGGGGCCCGGAGGGGCGUGGGGCGGGCGCUGUCGGGCUUCUUCGCGCUCUCGCUGGCGCUGCACCUCCUCACGCUCGGCUGCUAUCUUGAGCUGCGCUCCGAGCUGCGCCGCCGGGAGGCGGAGGCCGCCUGGCCGCCAAGGCAGAGCAGCGUCGCGCGGACCGCAGACGACGAGGACGGGGGGGCGGCGGGCGAAGUCUCUGGUCCCGGCCGGCCCAAGCACCGCUUCGCCCAAGAGUCCGGCAGGCAGCGGCAGCAGCAGCAGCAGGUGGCAUUGCUGAAGUUCUUCUCGCCUGAAGAAAGGCCUUUUUUCGGGGAAGGAAGCCGCCGUGUCCGGAGGAAUAAGCGGAGCAAGAACAGCGAAGGAUCAGAGGGUGCAAGCCCACCAAAAAAGAAAAAAGGCAAAAAACAUGGCCCCCCAGGACCGCCUGGCCCACAUGGGCCUCCUGGCCCCCCCGGAAUCCCUGGGAUCCCUGGGAUUCCUGGCACCGCCGUGAUGGGACCUCCCGGCCCUCCAGGACCUCCUGGCCCCCAAGGCCCCCCUGGCCUGCAAGGCCCCACUGGUGCCAUGGAUAAAGCAGGACCUAGAGAUGUACAGCCGGCUGUUGUUCACCUUCAAGGGCAGGGAUCAGCGAUUCAAGUCAAGAAUGGUAUAUUAUAUCAACUUCACGGACUUUGCCAGCUACGAGGUGGUGGUGGACGAGAGGCCCUUCCUGCAGUGCACGCGGAGCCUCGAGACAGGCAAGACCAACUUCAACACCUGCUACACAGCCGGGGUUUGCCUCCUGAAAGCCCGGCAGAAAAUCGCCGUGAAGAUGGUCCACGCAGACAUCUCCAUCAACAUGAGCAAGCACACCACCUUCUUUGGGGCCAUACGGCUGGGAGAUGCUCCAGCAUCCUAGAGGGGACUUGGACAGGGAGAACGGACAAGGGAUAUUUAUUCAUUGGUGCGGCAGCAGGAAGGAAGGGCAUAAAAAGGGGGUCCCCUCUGGGUUUUGCAUUAGGGAAAAGGAGAUCCCCUAGCAUACACUAGGGAAAACUGAGGCCCGGGUGGGAUCAUAUCACUCGGUUCUCUUUGACAAGCAAACGUUGGAUCUUAAAAUGAGACUCCUGGAUAUAGAGCCAUGUGAUCCAUGGCCCGUCUGUGCCAAUUGUCGUGGAAUAUUCAGGUGCCCUGUGCCCAGUAACUUGUCCCUAAGUCAGUUCACUGCCCCCUAAGUCCAUUCACUGCCCCCCUGAGUUGAGUGUAAGAGGGAAUGCAGACCUUUGCAGGCUAAGCAGGCAGACUUGUGUCAGCAUCACCAACCCUAAGCUGGGGGAACAAACAGAGAAGCCAGUACUUCAAUAGGAGGUUGCUGAACACCUUUUUCAUGUUCAGAUGUAGUCAGAUAUUGAACAGGCUGCAAUUGGUAAGGAUCCCAGAAAAAAUUUGGUGCUCGAGGACACUGCACAUGGAUUUGAUGCUUACCUUUUACCCAAUUUGUGGGGAAAUAUUUUUAAUUCUAACUCUGGUACUCAAAAGUUGUCACCUACUCAGAAGGACCUCCACCAUCCCAGCAAGUGACAUUAAGAAACACUGCUGCCUCCAGAUGUGGAGGUGGAACAUAACCACAGUUGUUAGUAGCUGUUGAUAGCCCCCUCCUGCUCUACAAAUUUGUCCAGUCCUCUUGUAAAUGCCAUCCAAGUUGUUGGCCAUCACUGCCUCCUGCGGGAGGGAAUUCCAUAGAUGAACGAAAAAUUGUUCCUCCCCUGCAAAUUCCUUGGGUUUUGACCAUGCUGGUAGAGUGGUGGUUCAGCUCCCCACUGCAGCUUAGGGUGGCCAAAAGGGUCCACGGGCACAGGGGAAACGGCCAGGCAGGCAUGUUCUCCACUGUAUGGUCUGUAUAUAGAAUAUACAUAAUGUACAUAGACAGGGAUGUAAGUUUACAUGAAUUGUCGAUAUUUUCCAUUGCAAAUAAAACUUUUUCCAACCUGA